AUGUGGGCUAAACUAGAAGCAGCUAGGGUGACUCUUUCCUAUGGAAGUGCUUUAAACCUCAUUUUUGCUCAGCUCAAUAUCCCUACUCCAUCUGAAUUGUUCAUCAAACGCACACAUUAUGAUCUCUUCAAUUCCACCACUUUGAAACAAAUGAGCUAUGAUAAAGGUGAUCAAGGUUGGUACUUCAAAGGAGGAAGACCACAACGGGUACCAGCAGCAGCUCCUCCUCCUCCUCUAGCACAUGAUCAAGGUGGUGAUCCUAUGGACACUAGCUCAGCCCCUCGCAGUGAUAAUGAAGAUUCUAAGGAGGGAAGUGAGGAUGAUGAUGAAGAGGAGGAAAUAAAUGAAGAAGAGGAAGGUGCUAAGGAAGAAGAAGAAGAUGAGGAGGAAGAAGAAAAUGAUGAUGCUGAUUGCUAG